UCGGCAGGUCGCGGGUGUAUAAGGCGAGGCGGCGGGGUGCGUGUCACCAUUACCGCAGCCGCCGUCACCGCCGCCGUCACCAUGAAGAUCUUUGUGAUCACCCUCCUCGCCCUCGCUGCCCUCGUCGCCGCACGCCCUGAAAACGUGCUGAACCUGGAUCUAGAUGACAUUCACCAGGACAUGGACAUCGACGACACCACCAUCACCGGCACCUACCGCUGGAAGUCUCCCGAGGGCAAUGAGUUUUUCGUGCGCUACAUCGCUGACGAGAAAGGUUACCGCGUGCUGGAGUCCAACGCUGUGCCCGUCACCGUUGAUGGUACCCACGCUAACGGCGCCCAGGGAUCUCUGUCUUCUGAGGAGGAUUCUAAUGAUUCCGAUGACCGAUCUGAUUUUGAUUGAGUAUGAAGUCCCCUCAGCAUCACAGUACCCACAGCGCCACAUGACCAGACCACCACUCUCCCACUCCACAUCACAGAACACUACACUAAACUCUACACGACAACACCAUAAAACAUCACACCACAUCACAACACCACAACACCAUAAAACAUCACACCACAUCACAACACCAC